ACCUAUGGAAUGGAUAAAAUUUAAAAGGAAGAUGGCGAUUUCGCUGUUGUCGGGUUUGUGUCUCUUGUCCUUAAUUGGUACUGGUUAAAAUUUAUAUUGACUAUUGUGGUUUUAUUAAGUGGUAAUUUUAGUGAGAAAGUGCGAUUUACUUGAAAUAAAAGUUGGAAUCUGAAAUUUUUCGGGACAUACUAUGGAUGUAAAUAACAUCGCAGAAAUAAAAGAUGGCGAUCCUGCCCGACCACUUUUAGUGGUUGAAGCGCCACCUAUAGUUGAGGCAUCAAAACCAAAGCAUGAAACGAAUUUCAAAAAGAAGAGAAGGCGCGGGAAAACUAAACGCAAAAUUAUGAAACCAUUUUCAAAAGUUCCUUGGCAAGAACGUAGGAAGAACGAUCAAUCUAAAAGAAUCAAUAGAUUUCGUAAAAUCGUUUUGGCCAAAACUCAAGCACCGUUUAACAACAAUCAGUUUCUGAUGGAGAUUCAUAAACCUGAGCCCGAAAAUAAUUUUCAUAAUUUAAGAACACCCUCCGCGCGUACCCGAGAUUCGAGCUUUAGCGUUGAUUCCGAAGAUAAUUAUUUCUUUUCACUGCCUGAAGAUGAAGAGGAAUAUUUGACAAAAGAAUUUUCCAGUGUUUACGAAGACGCACAAAGUGAACGUCUAAAUAAUAUGUCCAAAACUGAGCUGAUCGAAGAAUUCCUUGUUUUACAAUCUAAGUAUGAUAAUCUUGUGAAAAGAACCGAGCGUUAUAAAAUUAAAGAGCCGGAAUCGGACAAUGCUACGAUAAUGGACAAAGACUCUUCUAACACAGAUAGAGAAAGCAUGCUGACUGAUCCAGAUACCUCGGAGACUUCUGCGUCUUGUUCUACCGAUGAGCCUUCAAUGGCGGAACUGAUGCAACGCCUUAAGGAGCAAGAUGAACAAAUUCGCGAUCUCCAAGUUGUGAAUGAUAAGUUGAAGGCGGAAAAUGAUCAUUUGCGUCAUCAGACACAAGGUAGUAGUGAAGAUUCGGAAAGUGACAGUUCCUCCAGUUCUGACGGUGCAAGCAAUUCCAGCCGAUGUGACACUCCAGGCACUGAUUCACCAUCCACAAGUGAAGUUCUUACUAAUGGAAAUCAACUUGAGACAAACGGUGUACAUGAGAAUACUGAAGACUUUCAAUCAAGCUCUCCUCUUCUUAAUGGUUACCACAACCCCAGUGAUUAGGAAGGGGUAUAUUUACUAUAAAAACACGGAGAUGUAAAUCUAUCUUGGGACAACAUGGAGGAUAAUAUAAUAUGUGUUUAGUUGCUUGCCUGAAAUAUUUAGUGACUUGUUAUUGUACAAAUUUUGGAUAGUUUUUUUUACUGUAAUAAUGUAAUUGUGAGAUCUCAUUUAUUAGGAUUAGUUUUUCUGU